AUGGGAUUAAAUCCAGGCUGGGGCAUGCUCAAACCGGAGCAAACUGAACCCUUCAUCGCAUCCAGUCCCCAGUGGAAACUGGUGGGAGAAAGCUGUUACGAGAAAGUCGAGCCUUUCAAAUACGAAACCAACGAUGCAGACACUGAGAGGCAUCAGCUUUCUUCUUUAUUUACUAUCCGGUAUACUAUGAACACCAAGACCACGGAGAGAACAGUUAUCGUGGAUCUAAUAUCCCCAAAUCUCCAAUUCAUGAUGGAAAAGGCACUCUAUGGCGUUGAAACCGCAGACUUCAGGGAGCCUGUUACUUUGGUUAAUUUCAAGACGUUAUUCCACAAGCGCACGCAACUGAGGAUGUUCCGCGAUGUCCACUCUCACCAUAUAACAGCCUUCCUAUUGGAUAUGGAGCAUUUUAGGUGCUUCAUUAGGAUCUUUGAGGACUUAUGCGAAGAUCUAGAUAAUAGGCUAGAAGCACUUGUCCGGUGUGAUGAGAUCACUUGGGAGUUUCUUCCAGAGUUAUUUCUCCCUAAAACGAAGGUUCUAAGGAAUGAUGGAACAAAUGAUAUCCAAGAAGAGGGGACUUGUCUUGAUUGUGAGGAGACUAUUGAUAAAGAAGGUCUGAGAUUCAUUCGCCUGAGAAUAAGUCUUGAUCAAGGGGGAGAUUGUUCGAUUUUCAUUCCAGACUUCGACAGCAAAGUCGCCAUUAGAUCCCUUGAGGUCUACCCUAAGGACUUUAUGGAGGACUAG